AUGGCAAAAGAAGGACAGAACCUGCUGAGUACUCCCAAGUUUGAUGGCGAUUACGAGCACUGGUCCAUGUUGAUGGAGAAUCUGCUUAGAUCAAAAGAAUGGUGGAGCCUUGUCGAAAUCAGCUACACUGAACCUGCCAGAGGAGAGGUGUUGAUGGCUGCGCAACGAACAACCCUAACAGAGUUGAAGCUAAAAGAUUUGAAGACCGUUCUUCAAAAGGACACGGCCAAGCAGUUGUGGGAUUCGAUGAAGAGAAACUACCAAGGGAAUAAGAGAGUCCAGCAUGCACAAUUACAAGCUCUACGAAGGGAAUUUGAAGUGCUAGAGAUGAUAAUCGGUGAGACAGUCACUGGCUACUUCUCCAGGGUUAUGUUGGGAGCCAAUAACAUGCGUAACCUUGGGGAAGAUAUGCAGGACGUGAAGAUUGUGGAAAAGAUAUUGCACACACUCACUGAGAAGUUCAAUUAUAUUAUGUGCUCAAUAGAAGAAUCGAAAGACAUCAAUUGUCUUUCUGUGGAUGAACUUCAGAGUUCUCUAGUGGUACACGAGCAGAAGUUUCGGAGGAAAUCUAGUAGUGAAGAACAAGCCCUAAAAGCUAUGGUUGAAGUGAGAAGAGGUAGAGGAGAAAGAGGUCGUGGCAGGGGAAAGGGGUUUGGCUAUCUUGAUUCAAUCAGGGAUGUGUCGAAUUUAUCAUCUACUCAGGGGAUUGAUCAUCCAAACAAACAUAACAACAAACAUGAUGUUUGUAUUGUUUGCUCGAGUUCAAGAAAGGAAGGAAGCAUGCUUCCAGGCCACUACAUCGAAUCCGGCAUACCUAUGGCAUUGCAGAUAUGCUCACCUCAGCCACAAGGGUCUAAGAACACUUCAGUUCAAGGAAAUGGUUUGAGGCCUACCUCAGUUACCGGCAUCUACACGUGUGUGAAGACUGCAUGA